AUGGAAAGUUUUAGCAAAAAUCAGGAAGAACAAUUUGAAAGGAUCGAAAACAAACUGAGAUUUCUGAGCGUGACUACAAAAUCAUGGGAUCAAAUGUUGAAGGGAAAAGAUUCUGAAGGCCACUCAAUAGCAGCUGGUGUUAGCAAGUUUUCUGAGAAGGCUCACAAUGAUAAGCAGUCCAAUACAGAAAAGCCUCAUAUGAGGACUUCAUUUGGUGCUCUAUCUGAGAAUGGACAAAUCCUCACAAAUGGCACAAAGGAAAUUGGUGAAUUGCUUGAAGAGUUUACUAGAGAGACCGAUAGUGAAUCUAGGAGUGACGCUGUUGAGCAUGUUGAUAAUGAUGAUAAAGAGUCUGAUGAAGAUAAUGAAGGUGAAAGUGAAGAUAAUUAUGAAGACGGAGUUGAACCUGCUUCUCAUAAGGAUGAUAAAGUGCACGUUAGGGCAGAAAUGAUGCUUGCAGAAAAAACUGAUGUUAUUCAUUCAGUCCACAAAGGUGGAAAAAGUAUUGGAGAAAGAGAAAUUAAUGCAUUGCUGCUUCAACAUGGUGAUGUGUUUAAAGUACUUCCGGUUCGAGCAAACACAUCUUGCACUACCUGCUCAACCCAAGGAUGGUGA